AUGGCGACAGUCUCCGUACACAACCCCCAUCACUCGGAGGGCCUACUGCGCCAAGCCAACCGCCUGCGCCUAGCGGGGACGCUGUGUGACGUGGUGAUCAGUGUGCAGCGUCAGGAAUACCGAGCCCACAGCCUGGUGCUGGCAUGUGCCAGCCGGACGCUGGAGGAGAUGUUCCGCAGUCGGAGCGGCCGCUACAGCCUGGACUUCCUGGGCAGCCAUGUCUUUGAGCGGAUCCUGGAGUACGCCUACACGGAGAGGCUGGAGGUGCGGCUGGAGGAGCUCGGCGAACUGAGGCAGGCUGCCACGCUCCUGGCCAUGGACGGCCUGGAGGAGCUGAUCCUGGAGGUCACAUCCCGACUGGAGGACGGCGCACCAGCACCGAGUCUGGCGGGAAACCCCAGACCGGAUCCCACCCUCCCUGGCCCCGAGGGGAGCCCGGGAAUCCGGACCCCCAGGAGACCCUCCUUCCUCCUCCUCCCCAGAGCCGGGACCUCGCAGCCCCGCGGUACUGUCAUCACCGGCCCGGGAUCCCAGAGGGGAGCGAAGGGGCCUAGGCAGCCCACCCCAGUGCGUCCCCUCGCCUCCCUGCCUCCACCAGGCACUGUGCCCCUCCAGGCUCCCACAGGCCUGCGGCCUACUCCCCUUCCUGUUCAGCCCCACAGCCCGGCCUACCCCCUCCCCCUGGACCCAGGCUCGUACCCAGGGAACGGAGCACCGGGAACGCCAAGCCCUGAUGGUGGUGCCCGGAAUAGCCAGCAGAAUGGUGGGAUAGGCCUGGCGUUCCGAGGGAACAGCGCCGUCAGCGAGGGCCCGGUCAGGGUGGAGAGCUCCACAGUUCACCAGCGCAGUCAGAUGGAGACUGUGACGCUGUUCCCGUGUGAAUUCUGUGGGAAGAGAUUCCUGGAUAGCUUUCGUCUGCAAUUGCACCGGCGGUCCCACCUGGGGGGGCUCUCGAUGCCCAUCUACCUUCUGUGUGGGAAGGGUCUCGAGAUGCCGGUGGGCGUGACCCCUCGCGCUCCGGGACAGGGAGGGGCGAGUUGGCGCUACAGUUGCCGGGAAUGCCAGCGAUUAUUCCCCAGCCUCACCGCCCUCAAACGCCACCUCAGGUCCCACCAUGGGGACACGGGGCACCAGUGCCAGUUUUGUCGCCACCAUUUCUCUGACGAGGCAGCGUUGAGGAGUCACAAACAGGUCCAUCAGGGCGAGAAACCCUAUCAGUGCACUCACUGCAACAAGAAAUUCAGUCUCAAACACCAACUGGAGACUCACUACAGGGUUCACACAGGGGAGAAGCCGUUUGAGUGUAAACUCUGUCACCAGCGUUCCCGUGACUACUCUGCCAUGAUCAAGCACCUUCGGACUCACAAUGGGGCUUUGCCGUAUCGGUGCACCGUGUGCCAGGAGUACUGCUCCAGCCUGUCCGUCAUGCAGAAACACAUCAAGACCCACCUCCCCGAGGAGCUUCCCCCAGACUGGAGCCUGGAGGAAAGCUACCUCUACCUGUGUUACCUGUGACCGGCUGACCCCUGCCCUGUCUCCCCCGCUGGACCCCCUCCUCACCGCUCCCUCCCUCCCUCCUGGGCUGCUGGGGGUUGGUGGAGGGAGUGGGCCGACAGAGAAUCCCAUCCCAGUGGGUCAUACCUGCGGGCUCUGAG